AUGGAAAAUAAUAUUUUAUCGCUUAAAAUGUUGAAUAAUUCAAUAGAUCCAGAAAAAUAUAAAAAAUUAAUUAUAAACAUUGCUCUUAUACUGAGUGCAAUAUCAAUACUUUUUUCAAUCAUCGCAGUUUUAGUUGUUAAAUUAUUUCCUCAAGAUCAAGAUGGGUCAUACGAAGAAUUAAAUAUAAGUAUAGAAGAAAAUACAAUGCCUAAAACAUUUGUGUGCAUAAGAAAAAAUUCAAUAGACUCACCUAAUAAAGAGAAAUGUAAAAUUGUAGAUUCAAAAAAUAGUGUUGUAGACCCUAACAACAAAAAGGAGAAUUCUACAGAAGAUGGCCAAACUCAAAAUGGAACUGAAAAGGGGGCAAAUUUAAAAAAUGAUCAAGCUGACGUAAAAACAGCCGACGUAAAAACAAACGAUGUAAAAACAAACGAUGUAAAAACAAGUUCUCCAAAAAUAAUUAAGGUAACAAUAAACUGA